UACACUAUGUGCGAGCACUAUCAGUCAGUGUGAUGAACGAACGCCGAAAGCUCCGCUCCAUUUCUCUCAAUUCUCUGGCAAGACGAUAAGCCUUGACGUCGUUUUUGCUGUAGCUGUUAUCCAAUUGCCGACGUCUGCUGAUUUCGCCCGAUAGCACAGCUUGAGCUUCACCCUGGGCCCUAUCUCCUUUGAGCCAUUGACCCCGCGGCGCCACUCGUCCGCUCGUGGUUUUUCAAAGGCCCCGCUCCUCUCUCUCUAUUUAGCCUGCCACCCCUGGGCCCAGAUCGGAAUCGAUCACGCCACUCGCCGCAGCCCACACACAGAAGAAGCGAAACUUGCUGCGCUCACUGCUGACCUCUCCGUGCUUGCGAAGCCUUUGCGGGAAGGGAAAUGGGCGCCGGCGUUCGAGCUCACGAUCUGAAGCACCGGCGGCACCAGGACGACGGGUGCGAGCCCGACGCCGCGUCGCUCGCGGCGGCGUACCUCUACGGCGACGUGCUCGAGUCCGUGGUGGAGCGGGUGCCCGCGCCGGACCUCGCCGUCGCGGCGCGGGUGUCGCGGGAAUGGCUCCGCGCGGUGCGCGCCGCGCUGCGCCGCCGCCCGCGCCGGCUGCCCUGGCUCGUGGCCCACGUCCAGGGCCGCGGGGGUAGCCGGCGCGCCGCGGCGUACGACCCUUGCUCGGGCGCCUGGCUCGCCGUCCCGGCGCCGCCGCGCCACGCCACGCCGUCGCACGUGCGCCUCGUGCGCGGGGCGCGCGGGGACCGCGUCUGCGCGCUCUCGCUCUCGGGCCUCGCCGUCGCGGGCGACCCGCUCGGGGCGGCCGCGUGCGUCGCCGUGGCGGCCCCCCGCGUGUGGCGCGUCGACCCGGUGUUCGCCGCGGUGGGCGACCGCGUCGUCGCGCUCGGCGGCGCGUGCCGCCUCGCGCUGGCCGAGGGCGAGGACGAAGCGGCGGUGGAGGUCCACGAGGGCGGCGGGUGGACGGCCUGCGACCCCAUGCCCGACGCGCUCAGGGACUCGGCGUCCGCGACGUGGCUCUCGGCGGCGGCCACGGACCAGCGGGUGUAUCUGGUGGAGAGGGCCACCGGAUGGGCGAGCUGGUUCGACCCGGCGAAGCGGCGGUGGGGCCCCACCCGCCGCCUUGGGCCCGACCCCGCCGUCACCACGUGGGGCGUCGCGCCAGGCCGCGCAGGCGCCGACGAGCGGCUCGUCCUGUUCGGCGCGAAUCGGGCGGACAAGGAAGCAGAGUGCACGGUCGUCGUCCAGGCAUGGGAGGUGGACGGCGAAACUCUGGAGCCCAUCCCUUCCGCGUCGAGCGAUGCAAUGCCGCCCGAGUUGUCGGAGAGGCUGUUCCCUCGCGACGACACCGACGACGAAGAUGAUCUUGACGACAUCGACCCCGAGCGGCUGUCCAUCGGGGUUUGCGGCAACGCCGCGGGCGGGUACGUGUACAAUGCGGCCGAGCCGUCGCACGGCGCGGUGCUCUACGAGCUGCGGGAGGAGGAAGGGAAGGCCACCGCCGUGGCGCGGUGGGAGUGGGUGCCGUGCGCGCCCGCCGUGCAGGCCGAGCCGCUAGGCCGCGCCAUCCUCGCGUGCUCGCCGGUGGGGCUGGAUGAGCUGGCGGCCGCCGUUGGAGCAAGGGCCCCACGCUGACGCAUGGCCGCGCACCGAAUCAAAUGAAUCAACCGCAGAUUUGCAACUUGCGAGCAAAGCUGGAGAAGAAAAAGAUAGCCAUAAUCUAGUACGAUCUUUUUUUUUUGUAACCGCCAGUUUGAUUGCGAUGUGUUGCUUUAUUCAAAGUUGAAGUAUGUCCAGA